AUGGCGGCAAAGUUGGCACUCACGUUGAUUGAGGAACUAGAUUAUCACAUCACAGCGGUGACAUUCUGGAUUGAUUCUAUGGUCGUGCUUCACUGGAUUCACCAACCCAGCAACAGGUAUCGCGAUUAUGUUGCUCAUAGAAUCGUCGAUAUUGGAGAAGAUCUCAAGAAGUUAGAAGCAGAUGGUGAAAGACGGGUGCAAGUAAAGUAUGUUCCAACAAGUGUGAACAUCGCCGACGCCGGCACAAGAGGGCUUAAACUUCCAGAAACAACAUCUGAAAGCACCUGGCAAUGUGGUCCUGAGUUUCUUUAUCAGGCUGAAAGUAUGUGGCCCCGACGUCCUGACGAGGGGGAGGUAAUCGACGAAGAACCGGAGCUAAGAAAACAAGCCGGUCGACCGCAGUUGAGGAGUCAAAACAAGCAAUCGUCAACUUAAAUCGAUUCUCGUCUUUCGAGAAAGCAAAGAGAGUAGUCGCAAACGUCCUAAAGUUCAUCGCCCUGACGCGUGAAAAGGUGAACGCGAGAAAGAUUGGAUCAACCCAAAGCCUCAGAGACGACAACUUGCACCAAGCGGAAAUGAUAUUACUUCAACAAGCACGGAUCGAAAGCUUUCCUCACGAAGUGGAAGCGUUAACUAAUGGCAAACCAAUCGGCAAGAAUUCACGCCUAGUCAAGCUCUCGCCGUUUAUCGACGCAACCGACGGAUUAAUAAGAGUCGGAGGCCGUAUACAAGACGCCCCAGUAACAUACGAAACCCGUCACCCAAUAGUUGUCGAUGGAAAAUCGGAGAUUGGUCGCUUAAUCAUUAACGAAUCCCAUCACCGACUUAGUCAUGGUCCAACCGACUACGUAUUAAGCUCAAUAAGGACACGCUAUUGGCUAGUGAAUGGCAGAUCGGAAAUCAAGAAAUAUGUAAAUAAUUGUCUCUACUGCAAAAAGCGAAGCCGAUGCCACCUCGCAUGGGGAAUCUGCCCAGAAGACGCCUUACACCGUUCUUACCUCCGUUCAUGCAUACCAUUGUUGACCUCUUCGGUCCAAUCUACAUUAAGCACUUCGAAGUGAGUUAAAGAGGUGGUGCGUGUUGUUUUGCUGUGCAAAUGCAUGUAACAGCCGUUCAUUUGGAAGUAGCCGAGACACUUGAAACUGAUGCGUUCUUGGACUGUCUCACUCGUUUUGCGAAUCGCCGUGGCUACCCCAAAACAAUCACUUCAGACCGAGGUACAAACUUUGUAGGAGCAGAGCGAGAGAUGCGUGAAGGAUGGGAGCGGCUUGGCCACAAUCGGAUAGAGCAGAACCUUACCAAGCACGGAACUGAUUGGAAUUUCCAUCCACCAAAUGCCCCUCAUAUGAAUGGAGCGGUAGAAAGAUGGUAA